AUGGCCCAACACGAUGACAUGAUGACACAAACGACAGGUGUUCGAAUUCUUCUCGUCGAUUUUGAUCAUAAUCCCACCCAGGAUCAACUUUUGAACAUGCAAGCAGUGUUGAAAAAGAAAUUCACAUGGCAACAAUUGGGAAAGAAGAAAUGGCUUUUGAAUCGGGAAUUGAAAUAUGAAAAUUUCUUUCCUGUUGAGUUUAUGAAUGAUCCUGAAUUUGUAUUGAAUCACAUUAAAAAGUAUGGAUAUGGAUUGAAACUUGCAUCCACACAAUUAAAACAAGAUCGAGAAUUUGUGUUGAAAGUGGUUCAACAAAAAGGUUCAGAGAUACGAGUUGCAGAGGCACAUAUUUUUCGCCACGAAAAAGAAGUGAUAUUGGCUGCCACCAAGGAAGAUGGUGUUUUAUUUGGACAUGCUUCAAUAGAACUUCGGUCUGACAAGGAAUUUGUUUUGAAAGGUGUGAGACAAAAUGGAAUGGCUCUUUCAUGGGCCUCUAUUUUUCGCAAAGACCAAGAAGUUGUGUUGGCUGCCGUCCAACAAAAUGGAACUGCGUUGCAAUUUGUUAAAUAUGACAAUUCAAGCAAUUCGGAUUGGUAUAGAAUCGUUGCAUUGGAAGCAAUCAAACAAGAUAAGAAGGCACUUCGAUAUGUACCCAAAGAUUUACUUCAAGAUCGUGAUUUCAUGUUACAAGUUCUCAAAUUAAUAUUUCCAGAAGAGUUUGAAACCUCAGUCUCUUUUGAUUAUUCAUCGAAAGAAAUCAUGAUGAAGAUCAUUCAAGAAUUUGGAUUUUUACUUGAAUUUGUGUCGAAUGAACUCAAAUGUGAUCGAGAAAUUGUUUUGAGUGCAGUCAGAAAUCACGGUCGUUCAUUGGAAUUUGCAUCGAAUAAUUUAAAGAAUGACAAGGAAAUUGCAUUACUCGCUGUUCAACAAGAUGGUCCUUCAUUGGAAUUUGCAUCAGAUGAUUUGAGAAAUGACAAGGAAAUUGCAUUACUUGCUGUUCAACAGGAUAGUUGGGCAUUACAAUUUGUCUCUUCAGAUUUGAGGGGAGACAAACAAGUUGUGUUCGCUGCUGUAAAUCAAAAUGGAAAUGCUCUUAAAUAUGCAUCAGAAGAGUUGAAGAAUGAUCGAGAAGUAGUCUUGACUGCAGUAACUCAAAAAGGAUUUUCAUUAUGUUUUGCUUCCAAUGAGAUGAAGAAAGACAGACAAGUUGUUUUGACAGCUGUAAAACAACAAGGAAGAGCCUUAAGGUGUAUACAUGACGAAUUGAAAAGUGAUCCAGAAAUUUUGUUCGAAGUCAUUCAACAAGAUGCAACACUUGUACAACAAACUUCUAAAUAUUUAUUGAGUGACCGUCAAUUCUUGUUGAAAAUUGCAAAAAUUGUCGGUCAUUCCCUUUUGUCUUUGAUACCAACAGAAAUUACCAAUGAUGAUGAAUUUAUGGUGAAAUUAACAGAUGAAAUCAAACGCUCUGGAUUUGUUUCCGAGUACAGUGCUGAAUUGUAUCAAGAAAGAAUGGAACAUUUUUAUUAUGGAGUGUAUUUAGGUUCUAUUUUGGUCAAGAGGAAUGAUUAA